AUGAACAUCAAAAAUAAAAGUGUUGUUCUUACAGUUUUAGUAUUAUUUAUCUCAUUUGUUAUAUAUCAUCAAAAUAAUAAUAAUCAUUUAACUUUUAUUAAUUAUAUAUUCAAUACUACUACUACGAUGACAACUACUACAGCUACUACUAGUAAAUAUUUAUUUGAUAGAGGUGAUCGUUUGGUAUUACCAGACAAUGUAGUACCAAAAAGUUAUAAUCUUCAUCUUUAUCCAAAUAUAAAGGCAUUUACUUUUCGUGGACAAGUAGAUAUUACAUUGCAAGUCAACAAACCAACUACUACCAUUGUUAUUCAUUCUAUUGAAAUUGCCAUUCAAAGUGCUACCAUCAACAAUAACAACAAGGCCAUCAAUAUUGAAUACGAUACUACUGAUGAAGUUGCUGUUCUUACAUUUGAAAAAGAGGUUAGUCCAUCUGACUCUGCCGUACUUGCCAUUGCCUUUACUGGAGAGUUGAAUGACAAGUUGAAGGGUUUCUACCGUUCAAAGUAUGUCGUCAAUGGUGAAGAUCGUUAUGUUGCCACCACUCAAUUUGAAGCAACCGAUGCUCGUCGUGCUUUCCCAUGUUUUGAUGAACCAGCACUCAAGGCUGAGUUUUACAUUACCAUCACCACCGAGAAGCACCUCACUGCCUUGUCCAAUCAACCAGAAGUAUCUCUUACUGACAAUGCCGACGGUACUCAUACCUAUGUCUUUGAAAAGACACCUCGUAUGUCUACCUAUAUUGUAGCCUUUGUCGUUGGUGAAUUUGAUUAUGUCGAAGGAUUCACAAAGAGUGGAGUUCGUACUCGUAUCUAUCAAUCCAUUGGUAAAGAAGAAAAGGGCGACUUUGCUCUCGAUGUUGCUAUUCGUGCCCUAGAUUUCUUUGAAGAGUAUUUUGAAAUCCCAUUCCCACUCAAAAAGUGUGAUCACAUUGCCAUUGGAUCUUUUACUUUUGGUGCCAUGGAGAAUUUUGGUUUGAUCACUUAUCGUGAAUCUAUUCUUCUUACCUCUCCACAAACUACUCUUAGAACUAAACAAAGAAUCACUGAAGUUAUUGGUCAUGAAUUGGCUCAUCAAUGGUUUGGUAAUUUAGUAACAAUGGAAUGGUGGUCACAAUUAUGGUUAAAUGAAGGUUUUGCAACUUAUAUGGGAGUUUUGGUUACUGAUCAUUUAUUCCCAGAAUGGAAUGAUUGGUUAGAUUUUAGUGAAAUCUAUAGAAAUGGUGCUUUGGGUUUGGAUGCUUUGGAGAAUAGUCAUCCAAUCGAAGUACCUGUCCACAACUCUGCUCAAAUCAAUGAAAUCUUUGAUGCCAUUUCCUACAACAAGGGUGCAUGUGUCAUUCAAAUGGUAGCCACUCGUUACGGUGAUGCCUUCCGUCAAGGUCUCAAUCACUACCUCACCAAAUUCAAGUACCAAAACACCAACACUGAAGAUCUCUGGGACUCAAUCUCUCUAAAGGCCAAUGAUAAUGUAAAGGACUUUGUUGAUGCCUACACUAAAAAGGCUGGUUAUCCAGUCGUAUCUUUUACUCGUUCUCAAGGAUCAUGUUGUUCGUAUCACGUUUCCCAAAGACAAUUCCGUUUCACUGAAACUGCCGAUGUUUCAAAGGAUCCAAUCUGGAAGUGUCACAUUCAAGUGGAAACUAGAGACAAGCAAUCCCAAGAAAUCAUGCUCGACUCUAGAGAAAAGGAUGUAACUAUCAAUGUCAAAGAGGGAGAGUGGUUCAAGCCAAACUACAAGCAAACUGGUUACUAUCGUAUUCAAUACGACCAAUCCAUCAUUGAUUUGCUCCUUCCAGCCAUCAAGUCUCUUGAAUUACCAGCUGCCGAUCGUUUGGGUCUCUUAUCUGAUGCCAAUGCUUUGAGCAAGGCUCUUCAAACUCCACUCUCUGUCUUUAUGGAUCUAGUAUCGGCAUUUGAAAAUGAAAACGAGUUUAGCAUUUGGUCAUUCAUCAUGGACCGUCUCUCUGUUUUAUUGGCCAUCACCGAAGAUCAACCAUAUCACCAACAACUCGAAAAGUUUGUCGUCAAACUUCUUACACCACUAUCCACCAAGCUUGGUUUCGAAUCAGUCAAAGGUGAAUCAUCAUCUGACGUUCUUUUACGUGAAAAGGUUAAUACCCGUCUUGGUCUCCUCGGUUAUGCUCCCAUUGUAGAAGAAUCAAAGAAACGUUUCGCCAAACACCUUGAUGGAUCAUCUCCACUCACUGCCGAUGUUCGUGCUGUUGUACUCCACACUGUCGUUCGUAACGGUGACGAAGCUGUACAAGAUCAAGUCAUUGAACUCUACAAAAAGGCCAAGGUUGUCGCUGAAAAGAAUUCCUAUCUCCAAACUAUUGGUCUCAAUCGUAGUCCAUCUGGUGUCGAAAAGGCCCUCAAAUUCUCUCUCACAGAAUUUGUAAACAUGCAAGAUACUUUUAUCGUAUGGUCUGGUGUCGGACACGCUCAACGUAGUCACACUUGGAAAUAUUUUGUCGACAAUUUCAAGUCAAUCAAUGAUCGUUUCAAGGAGAGUGGAUUGUUUGGUCGUAUUAUCACAUCGACACUUGCCUAUCGUCUCUCUGACCAACAAAUUGAAAUUGCUGAAAAGUUCCUUCUCAAGGAUAAUGCCAUCCCAAUUGCUCAUCGUUCCAUUCUACAAGAUAUCGAAUCCAUCAAGACCAAUGGUAAAUGGUUUGAAUCUUUCAAUAAUGACCUUUCUCAAUGGUUAAACAAACAAAAUCUCUAA